UACACAGUCUGUUCUGAGACACCAGCCAUAAUGCAAACAGGAAAGAUACUUCUUGUUUUUUUGGUCGGGUAUAUUACAAGUCUACAAGCUGAGACCCUGACAAAAAGAUCGAACACGCCCUUAGCUGACAGUAAACCUAACACAUGUCAAAAUGGUGGAACAUAUACACGGAUACAAAUAUCCACACUACCACGUGGACCUAAGUUCAUAUGUACCUGUCCUGAGGGGUUUUCAGGGAUAGUUUGUCAAUUCCAAGUAUGUGACAAACACGAUUGUCAGAAUGGAACAUGUGAGGCAGACCAGACUAAUACACGUGGUUACAAGUGCAAUUGUAUCGAAGGUUAAGUCGGGGAGAAUUGUGAAGUUUUUUUGCCAAUGGAUUGUAAGCAAAUUCAAGAAAGUGGUCUAUCUACUUCUGGUGUGUACCAAAUUUUCCCAGAUGGGGAUCCCUCACUUCCGGUUAAGGUGUUCUGUGACUUGGAAGCGCAAGGAGGAGGGU